AUGCCGCCGCCGCCGUCGCCGCCGCACGGCCACGCCGUCCACCAUCCGGGCGUCGUGACGGCGAUAGCCCAAGAGGGGGGCGGCAGCGGCAGGGCGUCGAGACAGGGCUCGCUGGAUAGGGGUUCGACGCCGGGCGUCGGUCACCACCAACGGCUGGCGAGGGCGUCGGCCGAAAAGGAACAGGCCCACAACGCGGGAAAUGACAGUUGGCAAGGGAAUGAUAGCGAUCAGGCUCAUUCCCCAUUGCUCGGCGGCGGAGAUAAACCGGUAAACGGCGACGAUGAAUGGGAGUACGAGGAGAUCGUACUGGAACGCGGCGGCGCCGGUUUGGGCUUCAGCAUCGCCGGCGGUACCGAUAAUCCGCACAUCGGCGACGACACCGCCAUCUACAUAACGAAAUUGAUCGGGGGCGGCGCGGCGUCCGCCGACGGCCGUCUCAAAGUCAACGAUUCCAUAUUGUCGGUGAACGAUGUGCCGGUGGUGGACGUGCCGCACGCCGUCGCCGUCGAGGCGCUCAAAAAGGCCGGCGGUACCGUCAAAUUGUGCGUGCGGAGGCGGCGCCAGCCGCGCAACAUGCGCUUGGUGGAAAUCGAGCUGUCGAAGGGCAACAAAGGGCUGGGUUUCAGCAUAGCCGGCGGCAUCGGCAACCAGCACAUACCCGGCGACAAUGGCAUCUACGUCACCAAAGUCAUGGACGGGGGGGCGGCCCAAGUGGACGGCAGGCUGCUCGUCGGUGACAAAUUGGUCGCCGUCAGGGAUUGUAUGAAAGGAGAAGUGAAUCUGGAGAACGUGACGCACGAGGACGCCGUGGCGACGCUGAAAACGACGCAGGAACGGGUGGUGCUCGUCGUAGCGAAACCGGAGAGUGCCUUCAACGUUCCGGCAUCGGAUACGUCCUAUUCGCCGCAAUUGUCCACGAAAGUUUCGCACGGUUACGCGGAUUCCGUGCACUCGGUGCAUUCGUCGAAUUUGGCCUUGCACCAUCCGCCUUCGACUCCGCGGGCCAUCAGCGCCGAAGACAUUACGAGAGACGUCAGAACGGUGGUACUCCAAAAGGGCACGACGGGCCUCGGCUUCAACAUCGUGGGCGGCGAGGACGGCGAGGGCAUCUUCAUAUCGUUCAUAUUGGCCGGCGGCCCGGCCGACGCCUGCGGCGAAUUGCGUCGCGGCGAUCAAAUACUGAGCGUCAACGGCGUCAAUUUGCGCAACGCCACCCACGAGGAGGCGGCGAUGGCGCUCAAGGUAAUCGACGCAGGUACCAAUCAAACGGUGACGGUCGUGGUGCAAUACAGACCGGAGGAGUACAAUCGAUUCGAAGCGAAAAUACACGAUUUGAAACAGCAAAUGACCCAUCCGGUGACGGGCGGCACGUUGCUCAGGACAUCACAAAAGAGAUCGCUUUACGUUAGGGCGUUGUUCGAUUACGAUCCGUUAAAAGACGACGGGCUGCCGUCGCGAGGAUUGGCCUUUCACUACGGCGAUAUAUUGCACGUGACGAACGCCAGCGACGACGAAUGGUGGCAGGCGAGGAGGGUGUUGAAUACGGGCGAAGAGCAGGGCAUGGGCAUCGUGCCGUCGAAGAGGCGAUGGGAGAGAAAACAACGGGCCAGGGAUAGAUCGGUCAAGUUUCAGGGACACGCGCCCAAUAUGCUCGAUAAGCAAUCAACUUUAGAUAGAAAGAAGAAAAAUUUCUCGUUUAGUAGGAAAUUCCCAUUUAUGAAAAGUAAAGAUGAUAAAUCUGAAGACGGAUCUGAUCAAGAACAUUUUAAUUUUUUUGUACCUUUAGACCAGAAUUCUGUUCAACUAAACCACGAUAACGAAAAAAACCCGCAAUCUUUCAUGCUGUGUUAUACGCAAGAGGACGCCAAUACAGAAGGUAACGAAGAGAGCGUUCUGUCGUACGAACCGGUGCAACAGUUGCACAUUAAUUAUACCAGGCCGGUCAUUAUAUUAGGUCCGCUGAAAGAUCGCAUCAAUGACGAUUUGAUAUCGGAAUUUCCGGAUAAAUUCGGCAGUUGCGUACCGCAUACCACGCGGCCGAAACGGGAAUACGAAGUGGACGGUAGGGAUUAUCAUUUCGUAGCCUCCAGGGAACAAAUGGAGAAAGAUAUCCAGAAUCAUCUGUUCAUUGAAGCCGGCCAGUAUAACGAUAAUUUGUACGGUACUUCGGUGGCAUCGGUGCGAGAAGUAGCCGAUAAAGGUAAACAUUGUAUAUUGGAUGUGAGCGGUAACGCGAUAAAGAGAUUGCAAGUAGCUCAAUUGUUCCCUAUCGCCAUAUUCGUCAAACCGAAAUCAGUGGAAUCCAUUAUGGAAAUGAACAAGAGAAUGUCAGAGGAGCAGGCAAAAAAGACCUUCGAAAGGGCCGUUAAAAUGGAACAGGAAUUUGGAGAGUAUUUUACAGCGGUGGUCCAAGGAGACACCCCCGAAGAAAUAUACAAUCAAGCAAAGGAUGUUAUCAACGAGCAAUCAGGACCAAACAUUUGGGUACCGGCUAAAGAGAAACUGUGA